AUGAUCCUGCUGAUUCUAUUUCCGUUGAUCCUGGGACAAGUGGCUUUGCAAAAUCUUGCAGCCAUUGUUGGACAAGCAAGCAGUUUCAAUGUCACGACUGAAGUGGCUCAGAAUUAUGGUUGUGGCGAAGCUUGCCAGGACGCAAUCCAGACUGGCAACGAGGGCGAUCUAGAGAUUUUUGGAACUAACUUCGACUUUGACUUUUACGAAACCGCUGCCAACUUCACAGGCUCUAGGCCCGGUGAUGUCCUCAAGAUCCAACCUGUCAUCCCUGCCAACAUCACCGUCCCCGCCGGUGUUGCCGUCUACAAGAUUCAAUACACCAGCGCCGACAUCGACGGCUCCCCUGUACCCGUCACUGGCUUCGUCGCAUUCCCAUUUGCUAGGACACAGCAGCCCUUUAACCUGAUCGCCUACGCACAUGGAACCAGCGGUGUCUUCCGAUACGCGGUUGUUGCUACCGACUAUGCUGGCCUGGGAAAUAACUACACGGCUCACAAAUACGUAGCUAGCGCAGCCAAUGCCAAUGACACAUAUUGGUCCGUUGUAGCUGCUCGUACAGCCUUCCCCGACAUUCUUUCGCACGAUUGGGCUUCGAUUGGACACUCUCAGGGCGGCGGUGCGGCGUGGAAGCUGUCAGAGCACAAGCUCGUCCAAGAUUCAGCCAGUGAAUAUCUGGGAGGUGUUGCCGUGGCGCCUGUUACCAAGGCCUACGACGCGCUGGUUGCCAUCGAAUCGCUUCGCAAUCUUACUCAGACCGGAGGAGACGACCACGACUUUCUGGCUUUGGGCGUCAUUCCAUCUGCUGUACUUGGCAUCAGGGCAACGUUCCCUGAUUACGACGCCCCCAUCAUUUCGGCCAAACUGAAAAACAGAAUCGAGCUCGCAAAGAUCGCACAGCUAUGCGACGCCGCUAUCUCGAGUCUCACAGUUGACCUUCGGUUCGACGCUCUUUCCAAUCGCACUGCCGCAUCCGACACGCGCCUUAGAGAGUUCCAAGAGUUGAACGCCCCAGCUCAAGGCGGCCGCGCCUCAAAGCCGCUGCUUUUGGUUUUGGGUGAGGAUGAUACCAUCGUCUCAGAGGAGUCCGGUAUCGCCUCGUUCGACGAGACCUGCGCCUACGGAAACCCUGUUCAUAUGAGCAUCUACCCCGGCUUAGACCACUCUGCUGUCUUGACAGCAGCAACACCUGAGUGGCUUGCGUUCUUCCAGGCCCGAUUUGACGGGUAA